UAUUGUCUCGCCGCCUAUUUGAAAACGCCCAUCUGUUUUCCUCUUCCUCUAUGUAAGAACUUUCGACUGUUAGUGAUGAAUGAACAAAAUAAUAUGCAAAGUUUGCCUAUUUUUAAUCUCUGACCUGUACUCCACCAUCUCUUCACACGUUUUCUCUCUAUAUCUAGCUUCUUCAGUCUCCUUUCUUUCUCAACAAUAUUCAUACAUUCCUCAACGAAAAAAAAAAAAAAAAAAUAUGCCCAUCUUACUUUGCUUAAUCUUCCUUCUCUUCUCCUCUGCAACUGCUGAUUGUGAACACUGUGUGCAUCAAACAAAAGUUUCUUUCUUUUCUAAAGCUGAAGCCCUUCAAUCUGGUGCUUGUGGCUAUGGUUCUUUGGCUAUAGGAUUCAACGGCGGCCGCCUUGCAGCAGCCACCGCCACUCUGUACAAGGAAGGAGCUGGUUGUGGUGCAUGUUUUCAGAUAAGAUGCAAGGACACCGCCUUUUGUUCUAAGGAGGGGACUACGGUGAUCGUAACCGAUCGCAACACCGAUAACAAGACCGAUUUUGUUGUGAGUAGCAGAGCUUUCAUGGCCAUGGCUAAAAAGGGGAUGGAUCAGAACAUUUUGAAACUUGGCAUUGCCAAUGUCGAGUACAAAAGGGUUCCUUGUGAAUAUAAAAACAAGAACUUGGCCAUUCGAGUCGAAGAAUCUAGCCAAAAGCCACAUUAUUUGGCAAUAAAGUUCUUGUAUCAAGGUGGAAAAACUGAAAUUGUCGCGGUCGAUGUAGCUGCACAAGCUGAUUCGUCCAAUUGGACCUUCAUGAGUCGAAGUCACGGGGCCAUUUGGGAAACCAGUAGAGUUCCAACGGGGGCGUUGCAGUUCCGAUUCGCUGUGACAGCCGGGUACGACGGGAAAUGGUAUUGGGCAAAAGGUGUGCUUCCUGCUGAUUGGAAGAAUGGUGUGAUCUAUGAUUCUGGGCUGCAAAUAACUGAUGUGGCUGAGGAUGGCUGUUCUUCAUGUCAUGACAAAAGCUGGAUACCAGAUUCUUAAAUAAUCUUAGAUGAAUUUGUC